GCCAAUCAGCGCGAGGUCCGCUUUAACGGGCAUUAAAGAUAUCGCAUCCAGCGCUGUGUGCGCGGAUUAUGUAAUUCGGAUUUUUUUUCCGUUAGAACGGAUCUCGGUAACCGUUAACCGUGGCAGGAGCGCACGGACAGGCGCCCCGGUCUGGCUCCGGUUCGUGCUGGGCGCCGUGCAGUGCCGUGUGCAGCAGGCCGGCGCUCCGGUUAGAGACGGCGCGGGGAGACAAGAUGGAGACGGGCGGAGAUGCGGGGCUCAGCGGCCGCCGCGGCGGAGGAGGAGCGGGGCGGCGGGAGUGAGGCGGCGGGGCGAUGACUGUGGCAGCACUUCUAAAGAUCUGCAUCUUUCUGCAGACUUCCUGACUGUAAGGAGGCAGCGAGGGGGUGUUGGAUCGUGUUGCUCCAGCAGCAGUCGUGGAGGAGGAGGAGGAGCGGCUGUUCCGGUGGCGCCACGCCCUUCUGCAGGGUAUGGAGUACCACAGCACGGGGACCCUGCCGGUCCUGGGCAGACCCCGCUACUGUCCUGGAGCCAACAGUGCCAGCAGCUACAUCUGCCAGAACGGCCACUGCUGCGGAGAGACCGGCUGCUGCACCUACUACUACGAGCUGUGGUGGUUUUGGUUGUUAUGGAGCGUGCUGAUCCUGUUCAGCUGUUGCUGUGCUUAUCGGCACAGGCAGGCUAAGCAGCGAGUGCAGCAGCAGCAGCGGCAGAGAGAGAUCAACCUGAUGGCCUACCACGGAGCCUGCAGCUACCCAUCCUCCAUGCUGGACCUCAGUUUCCUCGCCUCGCUCAAACUGCCGUCCUAUGAAGAAGUAGCAGCCCAGCCCAGCACCCCGCCCCCACCCUACAGCUCGGUAGCGUACCCGCGAGGCUCCUCCCACCCCGGCCCGAGUCACAUGCUGUCCUCCCAGAGCUCCGACAACUACACCAGCUGCUCCUGUGACUCCUGCUGUCCAUCAUCCCCCUGUAGCUCCUCCCCUUCCUCUGCCCAGCUCACGGACGAGACCGACACUAGCCACACCUCCACACCUUCCCACAGCGAAGCUCCGCCCAUCAACUCCGCCCCUGAAUUCGCCCAAUCGAGUGCAGCCACGGAGAGCCACGGCGAGACUGUUUCCACUCCGCCCCACUCGUUCCACGAGGCUGGAGCCAAUCCGGUGCUGAGCAGGGCAGAGGGAAUGGAGGCGGAGCUGUCGGACUCCGCCUCUUUAGACUGCAAUGGCAACAGGACCGUUAAAACCGUUAAAACAGUUACAACGGUUGAAACCGUUAAAACAGUUAAAAUCAGUCAAACCAUUUACAGCAGCAACAACAACAAGAUCAAUGCAGAGGAGACCACAACGUGUAAUGAAACCCCCAACAACACAACUCACACUGCUAUCACCACUCACACUAGUGCAAAUAACACUAGUGCAAAUAGUGCUGAAAACUGUAACGUUAUCAACGUGGUUCAGACUUCUAACAGCACCAGCCCGACCAGUCCCAUCUCCACAGACCUGCACCUUGUUCAGCCACCCAGCAACACAACCCAAAGUGUUGCUCCAGCCUCCCAGCCGUCUCUCACCGUCCCCACCCCGUCCUCUCCUUCACUGUCUCCUUCUCCCGUCUCCCUUACGUCCCCCUCUACUCCUUCACUCCCUCCUCUGUUAUUCCCCCUCUCCGAUCCUCUGGGGGCGCUCUCACAGCAGCAGAGCUCCCCAACCAACAGCCCUCCCGCUCCUCCCCCGCCGCCGCCUCAGUCUCCUCCCAGACCUGUGCUCUUCUCCCCGGACUUCCUGGAACCGGAGCGCCGGGAUUCGGCCGUCUGCGACCUGGACGUGGACCAGACGCACUUCCAGCAGCGCCGCCUGACCGGAGACUCCGGAAUCGAGGUGUGCCGCUGUCGCAUCGACCGAGAGGGGGACGAGGACGAGGAAGACGAGGAACGGGGGGAUCCUUUGGAGGUGGGGGCGACCGCUGUGCCGAUAUCGAUCGAUAGCCUACACGACAGUGCCGACUGCCUGAUCCGAGCCCAGCUGGCUCCGCCUCCUGCUGCAGGGGAGGGGUUGGGGGAGUGGCCGGACACGUGCAGCUCCGCCCCCUCUGCGCCGGCGAAGGCUGAAGCGGUGGUCAUAGCCAUGGAGAGCAUUUGACAGACAGACAGACAGACAGACGGGAUGUUAGAAAAUGUUAGCUGUUGUUAGAAAGAAUCCAUAGUUACAGGGUGAAGCAGAGUGCGGGGAAUUAUUGAGCGCUGCGCCACGCUGCGAAUUUAUCCGGCGCUGCGCCACGCUGAGGAGUUGCAUUAAGUUUCGAGAGCCGGCAAAUGUGGAACGUGAAACGUGGAACAUGCAUCGUGUACGUGGAUUUCCCAGAGCUCUGGAGAUUAGAUUGAAGGAUUAGCAAACAGACAACAGGCAGCAGUCGUGAAAAACAAACCAGGUCAACUAUUAAACUGGAUUAGGAUCAUAGGAUCAGUGGUAUAGGUAAAAAUGUAGCUCGACAGCAUAAGAGGGUUCUCUCUCUCUCUUUCUCUUUUCUUGUGUGUCUUUCUCUUCCUCUCGCCUUGUCUCUCUCUCUCUCUCUCUCUCUCUCUCUCGUUCUCUCUUGGUUUUGAGAGAGUAAUGAAGUAAAUGAAAUGAAAUCUCUGAAAUGUUCUCCGGAGCUUUAACACAAAGCCAGAUUUCUCCGAAGAUGAAUGAACUGGAGAAACCAGAGCCUCGGACUCUCUCUGUUAAAAACAGCUGGACCUGACCCUAAACUACACACACACACACACACACACGUACAGUUACUGUUGUGUAUGAGCUUGUGUGUGAUGUGGGACGAUGGUACUACAAACGAUCGUACGUCUGUACUAAACAGCGCCAGUUGCUCUUCUGGCCCCAUGUGUGAACACUGAUUCUGUAUUCUGUAGCAACAUUCAUCUCUCUCUCUUUCUCUCUCUCUCUCUCUCUCUCUCUCUUUCCCCCUGUUCCCUGCUUUUAUUGUAGCCUCUAGCACAGGACCGUAGAGUCCUGUAGUGUGGAGUGUUUGUACGCUUUGAUAGACGAUGAAGCUGCUUGAAAUGCUCAUGGUUCAAACAAUGCCAACAGUAAAGAUGCAAUAACACCAAACACACACUAGUUGUUAACUGUCCCGUGUGCCUCUGGGUAAUGUAGUUGUUCACGCCAGGUCCAGGCCGCCAUCGCCGCUAACUGCGCUCGGUGUUAACUGGAGCUUACAGCCGAAUGUAAAAAAGGUUCUUCACAGGUUCACGCGAAAACCCAACACAAAACAGCAUUUUUUUUAGAACACCGUCCAAAAAACACAGAGACGGCCUCAUCCUCGUUCUCAUUUUUUCCAGUGUUUUAGAACACCAGCUUGGCCAAACAGAUGCUGCAUCUCAAACACGACAGAAGAAGAAGAAAAAAUACAACCUCAGGACAUUGUUUCUGUUUUUUUCGUUCGUGAUUUUUAUUAAACAUUUUGUUACGUCUUAAUGUGGAAACAUUGAAAAAAAAACAGAAAACAAACAAAAAAAAUCAAACAAAACGCAUUUCUCACUUGUUGACAUCAAAGCAGUCUUAAAAGACUUAACCAAUGUAACAACGUUCAAUUUCUACGUCGAACUGCUAAUGUCCACAAAGAUUAAUAUAUAUAUAUAAAAAUAUAUGAAAUAUACAUAUGAAUAUAUAUGUAUGUAGGUUCAGAUGAUCUAUAUAUAUAUAUAUAAAAUACAUAUACAUAUAUAUAUAUAGAGAUAUAUAUGCUCUCUGUGAAAUGAUAUAUAAAAAUAUAUAUAUAUUUUCUAAGCAUGCCAUUUGCCAUUUGGAGUGCAUCACAGUGCUGGUGGAACUGGUGUAAAAUAUAAUAAUCGGAGGCCAAGGGAUUGAUUGAUUGAUUGGUCGAUUGAUUGAUUGUGUGUAUUGACACUAGUGUUACUAUAACAUCCAGUUCCAGUUGCGUUACUAUGGCGUUAUCAUGGUGCUGCCGUGGCGUUACUAUGACAACCUUCUCUAGUCUGAGCAAUAGAGUAUGUUUGAUGUUCAUGUGAGACUGUGAAAGGUGUGCAGAUGUUAUUCUCAAUGACUUCAACACUAAAAAGAGUCGAGUGAAAA